UCAUAAGGGAAACUUUUCAUAAUCAUCAUCAUUAUUAUUAUUGUUGUUUAUUGUUAAACGCUUUUCAUUCAUAAUUUUCCAUCGUUCGUGUUUUGUUUAUGCACGGUAGGUUCGGCAGGGCGUCGGGGCGUCCGGCGUCAUCGCGCAAUUAAGACGGCGAACAUGGCUAAAAGACGACGAUCUCUAUAGCAUGGGGUAGUUGCAUUUAUAUAAUGUGCAGAGACUGUUUCCCAUGGUGCACCCUCCGGUUCACUAUACUCCUUUUAAUAAGCGCAAGCAGCGACGGAGUUGAUCUGCAAGGUCCAAUUUUCAUCCAAGAACCAUCGCAUAGAGUCGAAUUCAGCAAUAUUUCUGGAGGAAAAAUUGACUGCACAGGUCACGGGAGUCCAACCCCCGAAAUCGAUUGGGUUUUAGCCGACGGAUCUCCAGUUCACCAGAUCCCAGAAUUAAGGAUAAUUUACUCGAACGGGUCGCUGGUUUUUCCAGCUUUUCCGCAAGAAAAGUUCCGCCAUGAUAUACACACUAAUUUGUACAAGUGCAGAUUGAGAAGUAACUUGGGAAGUGUAUUAAGUAGGGAUGUUCAUGUAAAGGCGGUCGUAAAACAAUCCUACGACGUUCAAGUGUACGACGAAUACGUCAUUUCUGGAAACACUGCGGUACUAAAGUGCAAAAUUCCAAGUUACGUGGCCGAAUAUGUUAUGGUAACGUCCUGGAUUCAGGACGGGACGAAUAACAUCUAUCCUAACACGGACAUCGGAGGAAAAUACAUAGUCCUUGGGAACGGUGACCUCUACAUAAGUAACGCAGGACCUAGCGAUGGCUACAAGAAUUACGCCUGCCGAACUGUGCAUCGACUUACAGGUGAAAUUCAACUAAGUACAUAUCCAGGAAGAGUUAUAAUAACCGAGCCUAAAGGGAGUGUCCAGCCGCGAAUCACGGUGGACAAGUACAAUUCGCGACGGGCUGUUAUAGGGGGUGAUGUAACACUUCCCUGUGUCGCCCAAGGUCAUCCUGUGCCAGAAUAUCAUUGGAGUCGCGAACUUCAAGAUCAGACAACUUCCGUGCCCGUGGCACUUGGAGAAAGGAUCAGCCUUAUUGCUGCCGGUCUCCUUAAAAUAUCUAAGGUAAGAUUAGAAGACCGAGGUGUUUACAUUUGCCACGCGAAUAAUUCCGCGGGGGAGGAAAGCGUGAGAGUAACGCUCGAGGUGACCGCGCCUUUAUCGGCUCACAUGCAACCCCAAACGCAGACGGUCGAUGUGGGGAGAGAGGCGAGUUUUCAUUGCGUGAUCGGGGGAUAUCCGGUGUCUCAGGUCGCGUGGUUACACAAUGCCAAGACCAUCGUUUCCGAUGCCAAAGUCGAAAUACAAAACGACCUCCCCAAACUGACCAUCAAACAACUGUCGAAAGAAGACAAAGGAAUGUACCAGUGUGUAGUUAGCAACAAUUGGGAUCAAGCAGAAGCGAUAGGGGAAUUAAACAUAGGAGACGCCGGUCCUGAAUUAACUUACUGGUUUUCUGAGCAAACCCUUCAACCUGGGCCUACGGUAUCAUUAAAGUGUGUUGCUAGCGGUGCUCCUCCCCCCAGAUUCACUUGGUCACUUGAUGGAUUUCCUAUUCCCGAUAGUCCUCGUUUCCUUGUUGGCCAGUACGUUACUGUACAGGACGACGUAAUAAGCCACGUGAAUAUAAGCAACAUCAAAGCCGAGGAUGGGGGUGAGUACACUUGUACGGCCCAAAACAGCGUGGGAAAGGUGUCCCAUAGUGCAAAAGUUAAUGUCUAUGGUCUUCCAUUUAUCCGUGAGAUGCCGAAAGUUGUCGGCGUGGCUGGGAUGGAUCUGGUGGUGAAAUGUCCGGUUGCUGGUUAUCCGAUCGAAACUAUCUCGUGGGAAAGAGAUGGACAAAUCCUACCGAUUAACAGGAGACAGAAAGUUUUCGCUAACGGCACGUUGGUUAUCGAACAGACGCAGCCGAGUGAGGACGCCGGGACAUACACGUGCCAAGUUCAAAACAAACAACGGAAUUCGGCCAGACGUAAUGUCGAAAUUCGAAUUAAUGUUCCCCCGAAAAUUUUACCCAUCAACCCAAUGACCGAUGUAUUACGAGAAGGCAUGAGGGCUCCCAUUACGUGCCAAAUAAUGGAAGGAGAUCUUCCCAUCACGUUCCGCUGGGAGAGGAAUGGAAAGCUUAUUUCCAACAACAUAAGCAUGGGCACAUCAGUUAGAAGAAUCGAUGAAUUUUCGUCAUCUUUAAUAUUGGAAAAAGUAACCUCCAUGCACAGCGGAAAUUACACCUGUAUUGCAAGUAACGUGGCUGGCGUGGAAAAGUAUACGGUUCCCCUGUCAGUUAACGUUCCUCCACGAUGGACUGUAGAACCUUCAGAUUCCAACGUGGCUUCAGGUAAAGAAGCCGUCAUUCACUGUCAAGCAGAAGGAUAUCCGCAUCCAACCAUAACAUGGAGAAAAGCUGUAGGAGAACAGCAUCCUGGCGAAUAUAAAGAGUUCAUCUUCGACUCAAACAUUCAGCUACAACCCAAUGGUUCUAUAAUAUUCAAACACGUGUCAAAAAACGACGAGAGCCACUACCUUUGUGAAGCAAAAAACAAUAUCGGAAGUGGAGUCAGUAAAGUGAUCUAUUUAAAGGUUAAUGCGCCAGCUCAUUUUCCAUACAAGACGAAACAAGUACAGGUGGUAAAAGGUGAGCAGGCUCAUCUUCAGUGUUCUGCUGUUGGCGAUACACCCAUGGAAAUAAUAUGGCGAUUGGAUGGACAACAGAUUACUGAUCAAGUGGACAAGAGGUACGACAUAAGGGAGCAGAUAUUGGCAGAAGGGAUGGUAUCGGAAUUGGGAAUAGAAAGGACGAUCCGUCAAGACACAGGAACAUUCACAUGUUUUGCUUCGAAUGCUUAUGGACAGGACGAGAUGAAUGUUCAAUUGAUCGUUCAAGAGAUUCCGGAACCUCCGAAAAAUGUCCGAGUCACGGAGCAGCUGUCUAGAUCGAUUGGCUUAUUGUGGUCGGAACCGUAUUCGGGAAACAGUCCUAUCAUUAAUUAUAUAGUGCAAUAUAAGCUAGGAUCAGAUGUGUGGCCAACACAGCCAGCGAAAGUUACUAUACCAGGAACGGAAACUGCAACCACUCUUGAAAAUCUGCAGCCCGCUCAAAAUUAUCAUAUCAGAAUUCUUGCCGAAAAUAGGCUGGGAUUAAGUGAACCUAGUCAAAUUAUCCAAGUUAACACGCUUGAAGAAGCACCAAGUGGAUCUCCGACGGAUAUAAGGGCGGAAGCGAAAAGUUCGACUGAAUUAGUGGUGACGUGGGAGCCUCCACCGAAGGAAUCGUGGAACGGUAAUCUUCUGGGUUAUCAUGUUGGAUAUCAAGAAUUACCUAGUGAAAGAUUGGUUUCUCCUACGCAAGGGUAUGUCUUCAAAACUGUCGACGUAAGAGCGCAAUACAGCGGAGAAGCUGUUCUACAAGGACUUGCCAAGUUCACAUCGUACAACAUCAUCGUGCAGGCGUACAACAGUAGAGGUUCCGGACCGGCUUCCGAGCCAAUAGUUGCCCAGACUUUAGAAGAUGCUCCUACACUGCCUCCUGAGAACGUUCAAUGUUCUGUCCUGAGCGCACAGAGUUUGCACAUAUCAUGGGAACCUCCGCUUCCCGGCGGACAAAAUGGAAUUAUACAGGGAUAUAAAGUGACUUAUCAUUCAGUUAGCGAAUGGACAGACAAUGACGAUCAACAGACCAAAGUUAUCCAAGCUACACGCACAACCGUAACAGGUCUUAAAAAAUAUACAAAUUACAGUAUCACAGUGUUAGCAUACACUUCCAGUGGAGAUGGUAUUCGCUCUUUACCUAUUUACUGCCACACCGAGGAAGAUGUUCCUUCGGCUCCUGCGGACAUCAAGGCUGUUCCCAGUGCCCUUAAUAAAAUUCUCGUCUCGUGGUUGCCCCCGAAGCAUAGCAAUGGACCUCUAGCAGGCUACACCUUUUAUAUGAGUAGUUUAGAGGACGGUAGAGAAGCAGGUACGCAUAAAAAGACCUUAAGUCCUACCAUGGAAAUGCAUGAGGUCACUAGGUCACAAGAAACGGCUACGUAUCAAUUUUGGGUUUCCGCUUUCACAAAGAGAGGAGAAGGUGAAAGCACCCAUGUCGUCACGGUAACACCAUCCAGCACAAUCCCUGCCAAGAUAGCUUCCUUCGGGAGGGAAAUAGUCAGUGCUUGGAAGCAGGACGUCAUUCUUUCCUGUAAGAGCGUUGGGAUUCCCCUGCCCGAAGUAAAGUGGAUGCUAAACGAACUACCCCUUGAGAUUGGGGGUAGAAGAUCUCUAACUCCUGAUAAAACUUUAACAAUUAAAGACGUACAACGAAUAGAUCAGGCGAAUUACUCAUGUCAUGCCGAAAAUAAGCACGGCAGGGAUAUAAUUACGUACUGGUUAAAGAUUUUGGUACCACCAGAUCCUCCCAUUCUGAGGGUAGUGGAGACCCAUUCCGAUAGUGUACAUCUACGAUGGACUGAUCAAAGAAACGGGGAAUCUCCCAUUCUGGGAUACGUAAUCAAUUAUAAAAGAGACCAUGGAGAUUGGGAAGAAUUACAAAUUCCAGCAAGGACAGAUGAACACAUUUUACGGAACUUGUGGUGUGGUACGAAAUAUUUACUUUAUAUCACUGCUAUUAAUAGAAUUGGAACUGGUCUACCAUGCGAUAUUGUUACUGCAUAUACAAAAGGAACUGUUCCGAUAAAACCGAAACAAUCUCAAUUAUUAACUACUAAUGCCACCACUGUAACCAUCUGGCUCGAUUCUUGGGGCGAUGGCGGUUGUGGAAUUUUAUAUUUCAUGGUUGAAUAUAAGAAAAAACAACAUCCAUCGUGGCUUGUGGCGUCUAAUCACAUAAAACCUAAUGAAAGAAUUUACAGCAUUCCGGACCUUUGGCCGGCAACCGAAUAUGAACUGAGAAUUACAGCUUUAAAUAAUGCAGGGGAAACAAUGGCUUUGUAUAAUUUUACGACAUUAACAGUCCUAGGGGUUGAACCAGAAGUUAUUCCUCCCGUGUCUCACUCGGAAUAUCAACCGUUUUAUGCCAACACGAGGGUAAUACUCCCUAUAAGUAUUUCGAUAGGCAUCCUGUUAGCCUUAAUAGCAACCAUAUUUUGGAGAAAGAAAAUUCAGCAAGAACGAAGCAACAGAAACAACAGCGGAAAUAAUUUGGGGGAGUCCCCGUCUAUGGCCCAAAUCCAGAACAAGCAGAACCGGGAUCAGCAAUAUCUCGCCGUAAGGGUUGGUCGUGGGCAACAGCCGCUCUCCCUAAACGAUUCGGACAACACUGGCACGUACAAGACGGAAUCUGCGGAUUACAUCGAAGAUAUAUGUCCGUACGCGACGUUUCAGCUGUCGAAACCUUCAUCGGGAGCACCAGGGCCUUACAGCGAAAGCUCUUACAGUGGAAACAUCUACAGCGGUCCGUACCAUUCGGUACGAGGCUCUUUUGUUUAUCAUGAUGUAAAACCACCACCAAGUUCAUCUAGUGAUAAGUUUAAGUUAUCAGGACAUAGUAAAGAACCUGAAUAUACCAAAGUUAGAAGAAAAGGAGGAAGAUUAAGGGACCCUCAUUCGGAAAGUCAAGAAUCUGACAACCUUGGCAGUACUGACUCGGAAGUUAAGAAGAUUUUAACUUUACAUAUGCCUAUUUCAGAGUACGAUACCCUUGGCAGCGAUUCCGAGGGAGACGCUGAGGGUGGUACGGCCAGUCAAGAACUUAUGUCCUUUCGACAAAGGAUAAGAGGUGGUACAGAAGGAUCGACUUCAUCGUCUGAAACGUCUCCCCCGUCAGGAAGUGUCGGUAGAAAACCCUACCAUCACUUCCAUCAUUCGCACCAUCACCAACAUCAUCAAUCGCGAAAAAACAAAGGAAAACAGUCUUCGCAAUUGAGCAAGAGACACGUACGAAGUAGUAGCGGCUAUUCAAGUCACAACGAAGAGACCACUUUUAGUAUCUCCCACGCACCGAGCUUCAACGAAAGAAUCAACCCCCCGAGCAGGUUUUCCGAUAUAAGUUCUAGAGAUUUUAGCGAGCCCGAGUGUGAAAAAACAGCCCAUCCCAAUAAGAAGAAUAAAGGAAUGUCGAAACUUAAUAGAGAAACGUUUCAAAUAAACGUUUAAUAAAUAAUAAUUUAAAAGGAUUAUUAUUAAUAACUAAAUAAUUGUAAAUGGUCCAAAGGAAAAUGAAAUAAUAUCGUUGAUAGAGAGUUGAAAAUCCAAGGUAAAAUCUGAGAUAUUCUUACAGUGAAAAGUUUUUGAAAUCAUUUUACUAAAGUUAAAGAUAUACCACAUACUUAAUGUGCUUGCACAAAAUGUUUUAUUAUUGUAAUACGCUUUUAUUAAUAUAUUAUUGAUAAAAAUGAAGGUUCGGAGAUUACAAAAACAUCUACUGUAAAAUAUCAUCAGAUAGUAGAAGCUAAAAUGCACGAAAUUUCCUUUCUUAAGUCAGUACAGUAGUGAAACGAAAUGAGAUACCUACAAAGAGAUUUCUUCCUAUUAUUUUUAGAAUAU